GUGCGUGUGUGUGUGUGUGUGUGUGUGUGUUUGAGACAGAAAGAGAGGCAGAGAGACAGGAGGGAGGGGGAUUUAGGAAAGGAACGGAGCGUAUAUGCCGUGCAGCGGCUCUCAGCGUCAGACAGCAUAUGGCAGCGCUGCAGAUCUUAUAGAGAUUCUGUCAAUGAGAAUCAGAGCAAUCCAAGAGGAAAGAGAGAGAGAGACGGUGAAUGCGAUGUGCGAGGCGCUAGUGUGAAGGCGACGUGAUGGCUUUCUGGAGGAGCUGUAUGUCAUCUGGAUGUUGUGCUUUGUGAGCUGCCGCUGUGACUGUGCGUUCCUGGAUCAGGGAUGCAGCAAACCUUGCCCCCGAGCGCAAGACCCUUAGGAACGUCUGCUAGAAGAACGGAGAGACCGGAGCCGGGCGCUGGAGCCAUCAACAGGGCUUUCUCACGGGGUUAUGCGUUCUGCGUCGUCGGAGCUCCUGCUGGAUCCGGGCUCGGCUUCUCCUCGCUUUGAUGGCGCGCUCCAUUCUGGUAUGCUAGCGCGUGAGGUCGGGAGGACCGGCGGUUUGUGGAUUACCGUGACCGGAGCGCUGCCUAAUCGGGGGACACGGGACCCUUAGGAACCGGAGCGGUGGGUUGGGCUGCGAAGGGAUUUCUUGCUUUAUUUCCGUUGGAUGAAGGCUUAGCUUCGUCUCGCUUCCAUGGUUCUCUCUGUUCUGGUAUGUUAACCCGGCGAGGUGCUUCUGAGCUUGGAAAGAGCAGCCGUGGAUGGAUUAGCGGGACACUCUCUGACACGCUCAACAUCUGGGCAGGAAGACGAGAUGGGGUCCGGUCGGGUUUGAGGGUCUCUCGUAGUGAACUCAUUGUUGUGCUUCUUUUCCAGGAUAGCAGAUUUUCUUGUAUUAGGCCUCACGUUGUGACAGUGAGCGUGUAGAGUAAUGCGGGGAGCGCUUCCUUGCGACCUUCUCGUAGCAUCUCAGAAUUCUGUCUUCAAGCCAAAAGCUUCUGUUGAACAGCUGUGCGGCCGUGCAUCAAAUACACGAAAGUUGACGUUGCCGCCUCGUGUUGAACCGUCUCCCGUACUUGACUCCGUUCUUUAAAGGUCUACCUCCACACCGGCGUUCAGCCUGACCCUCGCCUCGUCCCGUCGCUUGUUUGGUGUGUUUCUCUGUGGUGGGGGCCGUGCUGCGAGCGAAGGCCUGUGGUGUGAGCCUGGACACUGCCUUGCUGCUGUUGUUGCUGCUGUCCUCAGCUCUGCUGGCCGAAGAUGAUGUGGCAAUGCCACAUCUCGGCCUCCGAGUGCCGCUGCUAUCGGCUGAACGGUUUCUCGCUGCUGAAGCGCCCUCCUCUGUCGACAGAUGCAGCGGGGAGCCGCGUGCUGGAGCAGUCGGUGGGGGAGUGGCUGGAACACGUGGGCUUCCCUCAGUACGAGAGCAGACUGGUGCUCAACGGCUUCGAUGACCUGCGCUUCAUGGGGAGUAACGUAAUGGAAGAUGAAGAUCUUCGUGAACUUGGCAUCACAGAUCCAGGUCACCGGAAGAAAAUCCUUCAUGCGGCUAAAAGCUUUCCAAAGGUGAAAGCGCUGGGAUGUGAUGGCAGCACGUCUCUGUCUUCAUGGUUGGAAACUCUGGGUCUUGGAGAAUAUCUGCACAACUUUUUGUCCAGCGGUUACAGAACUCUGGACUGUGUGAAGAACCUGUGGGAACUUGAAAUCGUCAAUGUGUUAAAAAUCGGUCUGCUGGGUCACAGAAAAAGAAUCAUCGCCUCAAUAGCGGAGCGUCCGUAUGAAGAAGCCCCUUCAAAGUCCAACCGCUUUUCCCAGCUCAAGAUUCAGGAUCUGUUGUCUCAGAACACAUCAUCACUGGGUUUACUAGACUCGUACACCAGCCGAUCGAUGGACAUGCUGCUUCCUCUGGGUGAGUCGGGCCGAAAGAGUCGAGCGCUGGAUCAGGACGGCACCAUCUCACUCCGCUCAUUCGGUGAAAGAUCACGAUCACACGAUCGGCAUGCAGAUCGUCAGUCUCGCUUCAGUCUCCGUCCGUCCAGUCAAUCCGCCACAUACACCACUGUGUCCACCUGGCACCAUCAUCCUGACAAACUCAUCACAGAGUCGUGUGUCUAUGAGGCCCGAUAUUUGGGCUCUGUGAUCAUUCGAGAUCUCCGAGGGAUCGAGUCUACGCAGGAGGCGUGUACUAGAAUACGGAAAUCUAAAGAUCACCGGAAAGGUCCCGUCAUCGUUCUGCACAUCACAUACAGAGGAGUCAAGUUUGUUGAUGCCGCCACCAAGGCUAAAGUGGCCGAGCACGAGAUCCAGAACAUCUCGUGUGCCGCACAGGAUCCUGAUGACCUCUGCACAUUCGCCUACAUCACAAAAGAUCUGAAGUCUAGUCAUCACUUCUGUCAUGUCUUCACUACAGUAGAAGUGACGCAGACGUAUGAGAUCAUUCUGACUCUGGGACAGGCUUUCGAGGUGGCCUAUCAGAUGGCUUUACAGGCGCAGAAGUCCCGGCGGCACAGUUCCUAUGCAGGUCCAGUCACAGAAAAUCUAGAAGCCAAGAGCAGUCGACCCACGUCUCAAUCCCGUAGCAGCACACGCCGCGCGCCAGGUGCACCUGUGCUUGAAUCCCGUUGCUGUUACUGUCACACGUGCUCCGCCCACCGCCCCUCCUACCUCCCGCUGCCCUCCCUCAGCCCUGGAGUUCAGUCUUACUCUCCGCUCCUCCUCCAGCGUCACAUGGAUCUUCUGGAGCCCGAAAUGGACCUGCAGUCGUCGGGCAGCACCAGUUGGCUCUUCGAACCCCGAGACUCCUCCAGACCCUCGAGUAGCACCAAGUACGAGACCACCAUAUUCUGAUCCGAUCCCGCCUGCCGUCCCGAAUCAACCCUGCGUCCCGUGAACUCUAGUGCCCCGUGCCUUCUCACUGUGAUGUGUAGCCUCCCUCAGGGCAAGACUACUCUCCCGUCCCCGCUCCUGCCUGCGUUUCCCUCUCAGAGAACCCCAAAUCUGCACCUUCCCUUUCCGUCUAACCCACCGACGAGCGGCGUAUAAUCAGCCUUCUCUAACUCUUCCAUCACCAUCAGAAUCGCCUCAGAAAGCUUCCCUGUUUUCUACAUCAUUACGGUCCGCUUCCUCGUGUCAUAACCGCCGAACUCCUGCCGGGUCGCUGGAACACUUGUAGCAUUUCUUCGUGUAGACGGACGUGUCAACAGAACUUUCUUAGAAACGAGUCGAUCCCCAAACUGCAGCAGCAAUACCAACACGGUUUCUCAUGUUUACAUGCGUUCAUCAUCACGAAUGCGACGAACCCUGUAGCACUAGAUCACUUUUCUCCCAUCGCUGGAUCAUUCCCCCUGCCGUCCUUCUCUUUUCCAGAAGAUCAUGUCAGUUUACAUCCAGUGCUUCCUUCUGUCUUAGCACGCGUUUGCAGAUCUGAGGAUGAGAGACUGGUGCCCGUUUACAUUUGCAUUUGAAAUGUGUGGUGUUUUUUAGAAUUAAGCCCCGACAGAACAUUGUAUUCCCUUUCUGAUGUCUCUCUUAUGGGAAGAGAUUGAUUACGAUGAUCAAAAAACUUCUAGAUUUGUAACUGUGGCAUCACGUAGUAAAUGUGUUUUCAUGUAAUCUUUUCUUCUUUGCUUCACUCCACACUGCAGGAGAUUGAAACUAAAUAUUUUGGUAAACAAAAAUACGAUGUGGUCAUUUUUUAUUUAGCCUAACUGUGAAACGAGAAUAUGAUGAGGUGAAUACACCAGCACUGAAGCUGGAGAACAGCUGUAUGUUUCUUGUGAAAUGUAUCGGACGUUUAUGAAACUUGAUUUACUCACAAAUGUUGGUUCAGUGGAUGAGAUGAUAUUUGCUGUUUUGUUUUGAUGUUCGUCUCGUCUCGUCUCAAAGGGCACGUACACUAUGCAGAUCAAUGUGGUCGUCUCACACAAGUCACAACCGCAUUCUCCAACCAAAUUCAGUCCUGAAGAAUCCGGUCGGUGUUUUUUACAUGAAAUCUGCUAAAGACAAGUACACGUUCUGACCUGUUCGUCUCCAGCCAAGUUACUCCCAAAUUCAGGAGGCACUUCUGUCAAACAGACCGAAUGAAUGUCCUUCGAUUGUGAUGCGGUUGUCACUCUUAAAUGGUGUCCGUUUUGUUCUUGUUGUGGACAGAAUCGUACGCUUUGCUGAUUUGCUUUGUGACUGUGUUGCACAUCUUCAUUCAUUCUCCACUCAUUCAUUACUAUUGUUUGUCAUUGUUUUGUAUUAUUUCUAACCAAAUUAUCCAAAGAGGAUCGAAAUCCAUUUCACUCGCACCGUCACAUGUUGUAAUGUGAUUUUGAUGUGUAUUCUUUCACGUUGUUAUAUUUGGUAUGUUAUUGGCAUUGUCCUGUCUUGGCUCAGACAGAAUUCCAAUAUAUUUCUCCUUGUGUAGCUGACACCACCUUUCAAGUUUCCGGACACCAAGGUGUGAAUGGAAGGCCAAUCAGGUGAAACAUUGUGUGUGAAUCCAAAUGGGAUAGAAAUUGAGUGAGUAUGAGAGAGAGAGAGAGCGAGCGAGCGAGCUAAAAUUAGCACUUAACUGCCGUAUGAGAGCAACUGUCCAGAAUACCUGUUACUUAAAGAAAAAACCCUAAUGGUACUCAACUGAAGGUGAAUUUGAGUUCAUCACACGAUGAAAUGUCCGGCUUAUUAUUCCGUAACCACCGUAAACAUAUAUAUAUAUAUAUUGCAUGAAAAGAGCCUCUUUUGUUGGACAUUUAGAUAGGUUUGUGGCAGAAUCGUGGGAGAAGUGCAUUCUUACUACUGCAAUACAGGAUAAGAUUUGUUUUUAUGCAUUGUGGUCGUAAUAAUUUGGAGUGAAAAUGUUGGCUCGGACAUUUCUUGACCAUUUUGUGAGAUUCCACAGUUUUUAUCUUUAAAUGAGAAAAAAGUAAUUUUUACGUCACUGCUGUCCAAAGACAAAAAAAGAAAGUUGAACUCUGUACUGAGCACUGUGUGAACAUUUGUGUUCAAUGUUUUCUCUUGAACUGUGGUUUAUUUUCUUCAUUGAGGACUUUGUGAGCGAGCGUCAGAAAACACAGCAGACACGAACAAGAUCUGUUGAGCUCUGUGUACAUUUGAAAACUGCUUGAUGAAGAAGUGUGACGUGUCAGAACUUUGCUCCAAAUGAGAGUCUGUGAUGGAAACACGUUUAGGAAAGAAUGCUCUAUUUAAAAUCAACAACAAAAGACUUUCUAUUGUGCAACCAGUGGCUGAUGCAAUGAUAUUUACUGUGAAAUAGCAAAGAUGUAGCAGAUUUAGGCUAUACAUUUGCAAUAUGAAGCGAGGAGCCCGAUUUAAUGUCACUUUAUGUUCACGCAUCACAAAGACUCGCUGUCUUGAGCGUCCCUCUUUUCUUUCAUUUGAUGUGAAUCUGGGAACAUAUGCUGCAGUGAAACCGUCUGAUUUACAGAAAACACAAAACCCCUCAGGCCACAGUUCUCCUCACCUUCUGCUCUGAAUUCACUUGAACAACUAUUAGUUUGAGCAAACAUCGAUUGAUGACAUUAGCAGUAUCAUCUCUUUGGCAUGAUGAUGUCAGAAAUCCAUUAGGAUCAGGGCUGAACGCUUGCACUUGAACACAGGUUUAAACACCACUGUUGGCCUAUGUUGAAGGUGAAUUAUGAUUAAAAGAUGUCGAUUCCAUGUACUUUCAUUCUGAAUGUUCAUACUGUUCCGUAUGUUCAUUGCAACUAUUUAAGAAACAAUCAUUUUACGGUCUCAAUGCCAUUGAACUAAUAAACUAAAUUUGAAUUUUU